AUGGCUUCCAAGAAAGCUAACGAACCUCCGAGUCCUUCUGCAUCGUCAAUAUUCUUGCCUCUAGGGAGACGAGGUUCCCGCAGCUCCUUGUCAACCCAAGCCGAACGCGAGACCUUAACAGAGGCACUGGAUCAGAUCCAUUCAGCGGCCUAUCAAUCCGAUUCUCUUACAGUCUUCAACGAAUUUGCCAAUCCCCCUACUUCCUUAGCAGUUGUCGAAAAUAACAAUGUGUCGAAUGAUUCGCAGAGUGGACUUAGUGGAUUGUAUAGUCGACUGCGAGCGUCUGUGGGUGGUGCAAAGGAUAACGGUAGUUCGGGACGACGAGUCGAAGGAAACUCCACGUCUAUAGUCAACAAACAAACAGCCGGCGAAGAUAGUGUGGUCGCUGUGAAUGAUGCUCAGGCUUCAAAUCCUAGCUCGGCUCAUGCUUCCAAAAUACAUACGCCUUCAGUGGGAACUUUGUCACCAGCGACAGAGUCGUUCAACGCAGCUCAGAAUUUCAAAAAUAGCAAACUCGUGUCGAAACCGAACAGUAUUUCUUCGUCCAAAACAUCACUGUCUUCCACUCCCGCAGUCAAAUCUCCCGUACCAACACUCACCAAGGCGACAGACCCAACAGUCACCGAGUUGAAUGCGAACGUUCCUCACGAUGGUAGCCGGGACUUUGAAACAAGCAACGGGAAUUUGCCACUGAACAUAGAUUCAGCUGUCACCCAAUACAAUGAUUCUCUACGGUUCGAUGAAGUCGAACAAGUAGAUGGCAUAUCAAGCCGGCGGUCUUACUCUCCUGUCUUGACCGCGAAACAACCCAACGUUCAUCGAGAGAGCUCGAGCCCGAAGGACCCGUACAUCAAGUCAGAUUCUGGAAAUACUGUGUCUGCAAAUGAGAAGUCAGGGAGGGUGUUUGAUCGACGAGAUCUUACAGAAUUGGACACAUCUGUCGGUGCUGGUUCUCGAAACGUAAAGCAGGCCGGAAGCAGUGACGAGGUAUUCAACACAGCACACGGAAAUACCACUACGACAUCUUCGAGCUCUAUUACUGGUGAUGGGUCAACGGCCCCAACAUCUGCGGGUGAUAUCAUGGCACACGAGUUAGAUGACCGCCUACCCACGCAUAGCCGACACCCUUCGAUCACAACAUCUUCUAUUGUUUCGCUUGAGGACCGCAAUGUGAAAAGUCCAGUUCCCUCAAAACUUUCUACUGACAGACCUCAAGAAAAACUUGUCAACCGGGUCAGUACUAGUCGUUUACCGGGAUAUGUUAUGUCCAGAGCAUCGUCCAGUGAAACAGCUACCACCAACUCGGCUGUAAUGGGUUAUAGUUCACAGCCUUACCGUCAACAAGCUACAAACAAGGGCACGAGUACUCCAAAUAGCACUUUCAAUCAACUGAGAAGCAAACUGCUGAGCAAGGAAUUUUGGAUGCGAGAUGAAAAUGCCAAGGACUGUUUCUUGUGCGGAGAGCCUUUUACUACUUUCCGUCGAAAGCAUCAUUGUCGAACUUGUGGACAGAUUUUCGAUUCAAAAUGUACAUCUCUUAUUCCGGGAGUUUACUUUGGUCAAGGCAGCUCCGUCAGAGUCUGCAAGCCUUGUGAAGAUAUGAUUAACUCGCGCGAGUACGACUCAUCCGAUUUGUCAGAUAUCGAGCAAAGUCCUGUAACAUCUCCAACCCCGGGAAACAAGGACUUGUUCAACGGACCACUAACCAAUGGUUCAAAAGAGGAUGAGGAUGACGCCUCUUCGAUUAGAUCUCAAUCCAUAGAGCAUGUGUUGAAAACACCAACCAUGGCGAUUCCUGCAACACGGCGUGUCAACGAGAACGGCAAUCGUCGGUCUGCUGUCCUAGAGAUUGGAUCUGAACGACCGUUGACUCGCCCAACUUCGUCUAGGUCAUUGAGAUCAUCGGCAAGUUUAAGACCUCACCCAGGGCAUAGAAGACAUCUUUCACGGCAACAACUUCGUGACUUUAAACCUCAUCAUGAGGAGCGGGCACCUUUCCAACAACGUCGUCAUUUAGUAGAUGUCAAUAACACAGACCGGCUACCAGCUUUCCAUCGUGACAAUAUUAUUGACCCAGAUCUCGCUCAAUACUUAUCGGAUGAUGCUUCCAGUGGUGAUGAGCAACCAAAUCUACUUAGCGUUGCUGCUGAUAAUAACCUCGCUAAAAGCAGCGGCGAACAUGAACGAGCUACUUUUGGUGGACUUCUUGCGGCUGUCAAAAAAGGUCGCUCCCGUUUUAGUGACCGCAGUACUGCUAAUGGGUCAGUACUUAUACGGGAUGCUGAUGAUGCGAGUAUUAGCAGCUCCAAGGCAGUCAACUUACCACGCAAUUCCCGAAGACGUAAUCUGAGCAUUGCUAGUAGCGUUCAUCAACGACCGUCGCCGCGACUAUCAAAAGACAACCCCCUAUUACUUCAUGACCAUCAGACGCACAACAACUCUCAGCUAGUCUACCCGUCAUCGACGAGCGGCUUUAAAAUGACGAGAAGCUCGUCUAUGAGAGGCUCUAGUGCCCCAGCUAUUGAGUUGAACCGAUUGAGCUUGGAACACGUUCGAAAGUUGCUUCGGCAACUCCUAGAGGAUUCUUCAAUACCGCACGCCAAUAGCUGGGAGACUGCUCUGUUACCGAUCCUCCUCAGAGCUACUGAUGAUGUUGAUCCUGAUGUGCAGCGUGGUGAUGAUAUGGACAUUCGCCAUUACGUGAAGCUCAAGAAAAUACCUGGUGGUCGUCCCGGUGAUACGUCUUACGUGUCUGGGUUGGUUUUCACGAAAAACCUCGCUUUGAAGAGUAUGCCACGUAGUAUCCCUCAACCAAGGAUUCUCAUCAUAACAUUCGCCAUUGAAUACGCCCGUCAUCAACAACAUUUCAUGAGCUUAGAGCCGGUUAUCCGCCAAGAACGAGAGUUCCUUGAGAAUCUCGUUAGCAGAAUUGCGGCACUACAACCCAACUUACUACUUGUCGAGAAGAGCGUCUCUGGAUUAGCACUUGAGCUUCUUGAAAAGUCAAAUAUCGCCACGGCUUACAAUGUCAAGCCCUCUGUAUUAGAAGCCGUGUCGAGAUGCACACAGACGAGGAUAAUUACCUCCAUGGAUAAGCUAGUCACAAUCCCGACACAUACAGGACACUGUGACAGUUUCGACCUGAAGACUUACGUCUAUGGCGGUAGGAGAAAAACUUACAUGUAUAUUUCCGGCUGUGCUAAAGAACUCGGUUGUACCAUUGUGCUACGUGGUGCGAACAGCGAGAUUUUGUCGAGAGUCAAGCGUAUUACAGAGUUCAUGGUCUACGUUGUCUACAACCUGAAACUGGAAACAUGUCUGAUGAGAGACGAAUUCGCAAAACUGCCUACGGUUGAAGAUUUCAGCAAUGCAAUUACAAUGACUGGGGAGAAACCUGCAAGUGCUAAGGCUCCUUCUAUCAUCGAAUUUGCUACUGUCCAUGAAGAUGCCGCUCAAACAGAUGCGAAAGAUGCAUCUAAUGCGCAUCAUCACAUUACCGCUGCUACCGUGGAAGUGCCUGAUGAUGUGCCAAUGCCCACCUAUUACGAGGACAUAGUCGAGAAACACCAAACGAAAUUACUCUCCGCUUCACCAUGUGUUAAAUUCGAGCCCCCUCAUCCGCUCAUGCGAGCACGAGAGCUAGAGCGACGAGUAUCCUAUCUCGCACGAUUGCGCGAUAGAAUCGUUCAAAACUCCGAUGAAAAGAAUAAAUCUCAGAGAUUUGUGCUGAUUACACCCGAGCUCGUUCACCAAAAUCCCGAUAAUGCAUCCUCGAAAGUAAGAGAGGUUCUACGGGCAGUGCAUGAAGCGGAAUUGGAUAGAGCUAUGCACAACUAUCUGACACAGAAGCGUCAAUGGGAAGCCUAUCUUUCCGGAAACUCCAACCUAUUCGAUCCAUACGCGCAUCAAAAUAUUGUUGUUCUUUACAGUCUAGUGUGCACCACCACCUCUAUACCAUGCUCAGGUCCCGAUAUCUUCGCACUAGAUUUCUACAAUGAACACGAAAGUGAUGACCAUGUCUUCGAGCCUGACUUUACGCUGGGGCAAUACGUGGAAGAUCUGUGCCUUGAAGCCAAUGCUGUUUGCACUGCCAACGGAUGCGAGAACCGCAUGCAUGAACAUCACCGACAGUAUGUUCAUGGGGAGGCACAAAUUAGUAUAUUUGUGCAGCCCUAUCCUUCAAAAUUGCGUGGUCUGCAAGACACGAUUCUGAUGUGGAGUUGCUGUAAGAUAUGUGGCAAUGAGACGCAAGUGAUUCCUAUGUCUGCGAACACAUGGAGGUAUUCAUUUGCAAAAUAUCUCGAGUUGUCAUUUUGGAGCAGAAAUCUCCGAGUUCGGGCCGGAGUUUGUCAGCAUGACAUUCAUCGCGAUUACUUGCGAUUUUUUGGAUUCAAGGACAUGGCUUUGCGAAUUCAUUAUGACCCUAUUACAUUACUCGACAUUAUCGUGCCUCGCACACGGGUCACUUGGAAAGUCGAUAACGACUUGCGCCUGAGAAAUGAGGUGUACACCAAGUUUGAGCAUCGAAUCUCCAAGUUUAUGCUGUCCGUGAAGAACCGACUAAAGAGCAUCCAUGUUGAGAGUGUCAUGCCCGAAAAGGUGGAAGAUUGCAGGAAGGAGAUUGAAAUCCUUGUGAAAAAGGCAAAUGAUGAUCACAAUGGUUUGAUUAAGCACUUACAAGAGCAAUACAUGAAUUCCCGUUAUUGGGAGGUCAUUCCGUUGAACGAGGUUCUUCGUGCCGUUCAGGAGAAGGUUGUCGAAUGGGAUACUGCUUUUGCGGAUUUCGAGAGAAACUUCUUCCCCUCGGAAAAAGAUAUCAGACGUUUGGCCUCAUUGCAACUAAAAAAAAUCUUCCUCGACAAGGAUGCCUCGGCCACUUCUCUAACGUCUACCGAAGAGACGCCAACCACGCCAACUGAGAAGGAUUCCUCUGCAGUUGAAGAAGAAGCUGAACGGCCAAGGUCAAUGCGGCGCAUGACGCUAUCCCCGGAGAAAGCGAAAGACGUACUUGUCUCGGUUGUAGAAGAGCACUCCGGGAAGCCUGAGGCGCAGGAUGAAGUCACGGAACCCGUGGAUCCUAUCCCGGAUAGUGGACCAGCGAACGCGCCCAACUUAGAUCUGACCAGUCAAGAAGUAGAACAUCUUGAUCUUGCAGUUCCAACGAGCAUCUCGGAGGAUCUUCAGCUUGCCCGCCAAUCUUCUAUAGAUCUUCCUCAAAUAUCACGAGUUGCCACAUCUCCUCCGGAUUCCGGCCGAAUGACACCCUCUCCCGAAUUAGUCAGUCGCCCGAGUUCGGGACUCAGAAAAAGAAGUCCCACAGAAUUUACCACCAGCCCUAAGCAGAUACCUUCCUCCUCGGGCAUUCCUCGGCUCGCUGAGCAAAGCGCCAGGGUUAGUGGGAAAGCGAGAUCUCCCCCGAUAGUCCGAACUCAGUCUCAACCUCUACAGGCAUUGCAAGGAAGAGGGGCUAACGGGUCCCGGAAUUUUUUGAAAAUGAAUUCUAGUAGCUCGAGCAAAAAACAAAGUCCUCUUCCUAGUCCUUCAGGUCAUGAAAGACCGAAAUUUGGCGAAAAGAAGUUUUCGGAUCGAUUCGGUUUAGCUACUUUGAAACAAAACAAMCCCGCCAGUAGUCAUUCCUUGAUUCCUCGCUCGAUCACACCAAAGAACAAAAGUCCUCGUGUGUCAAGUCUAGCAAGGCAUUUUGAACAGCUGAGCAGGGAGUUUGAAAGGGAAAGACAGCGUGAGAGGUUACAAAGAGCAGCUAAAAGCAAGCACUCGCGGGCGUAUCCCAUCAUAUCCUCUAAAGCGACUGUUGAGGUGUAUAAAAACGUACGGGAAGCGGUUGAAGAGCGAGAACCACCCGGAGAAGGCGAAGGCGAAGAUCUCAUUUCUGACACAGGACGAUCGUCAUCAGAGAGUAAGGCCGACAGGAUAGGUGAAGAACCUACAGUUGAGAGCAAAGUUACAACUGAUAAAGAGCACAUUCCUACGAACCCAGACUCAGCUGGCCCAGAGAAUGAAUCAAACACCAUAGCCGAAAACAUUUCAGAGGCAGAAGAUGCGCAAAGCGACGAGGAUCAAAGUUUGACAUUAACCGGAUCUCCUGAGGAAUCGAUGAAGAUGGAAGAUGAACUAGAUUUGAAAGAACUUCCCAAGCAUGAACGGAAUACUUUGGUCAAAUUGCUGGCUAAUUUCUGGGCUGAACGAUCUGCCAGUGGCUGGCAAGCACUCGAUUACCCAUUGAAGGUAUCCGACCACGUAUUUGCGGAUUGUGAUAUCAUUGUUCGCGAAGAUGAGCCCAGUUCUUUAAUCGCCUUUGCUUUAGAUUCUUCAGACUACAAAAACAAAUUGGCCAGCAUUCAGGAACACUACGAUAAGGAAGAGUGGUCACACAACAAUGUUGAGUCGCGGGACCAGGCUAGGGUGGAGAGCGCUCUUCUGCGCCCAACUGGAACCCAUCUCAAGUACCAAUUCCAAGAAGGUCAGGCCAAGAUGCUCUGCAAGGUAUUCUAUGCCGAGCAAUUUGACGCAUUGCGUAGGAAAUGCGGUGUGGCAGAUCGCAUCGUCGAGUCACUUUCUCGUUGCGCCAAGUGGGAUUCCAAAGGCGGAAGGACGAAAUCACUGUUCCUGAAGACACUUGAUGACCGUUUCGUGCUCAAAUCAUUAUCACAGAUUGAAACUCAAGCCUUCUUGAAGUUUGCUCCUGCUUACUUCCAGAUCAUGUCCGAGGCUCUAUUCCAUGAGCUUCCUUCAGCAAUCGCCAAGAUGUUUGGUUUCUACCAAGUCAUCAUCAAGAACCCAGUUACCGGGGUCGAGUUCAAUUGGUACUUGCUUCUAAUGGAGAACCUAUUUUAUGAUCGGGUGCCAACUCGCAUAUUCGAUCUCAAGGGCUCAAUGCGCAACCGUAAAGUCCAAAGCACCGGUGAACGCGACGAAGUCCUUCUCGACGAGAACAUGGUUGACUUUAUCUACGAGACACCCUUAUUCACUCGCGAGCAUUCCAAGAAACUUCUUAGCCAGAGCGUGUGGAACGACACACUAUUUCUCGGUCGACAAAACGUCAUGGAUUACUCGCUGAUGAUUGCAAUUGACGAACCGCGCAAAGAACUCGUCGUUGGCAUCAUUGAUUGCAUCAGGACGUAUACAUGGGACAAGAAACUCGAAUCCUGGAUCAAGGAUCGCGGCUUCGCAGGUGGCGGCAAGAAUAGACCGACCGUAACGAGUCCGAAGGAGUAUAAGAGUCGAUUCCGACAAGCGAUGGCUAGAUAUGUUCUUCAAGCUCCGAACUGCUGGCACGAAUUCCAUUCCACAUUCUCAGACAACCGGCGUAUUGAAAAUCACCUUUCUCACAUGCAGACACCGCUCGAGAUAGAGACCAGCGAACUGACCGUUCACACGAACAGCGAAUAG